AUGCCCUCUAAACUCACCGUUCUCGCCUCUGGCGCCCUCCUGCUCACCAGCGUAGGGAGUGCAGCCGUCCCCUGCUCCUCGCCGCAGUACCUCGUGACCUUUGGCGAUUCGUACUCGCAGACGGGCUUCAACACGUCGCUCGCCAAACCCACCGCCUCGAACCCGCUCGGCAACCCAGCGCUGCCGGGGUGGACGUCCAGCGGCGGGCUCAACUACGUCGGCCAGCUGGCGGGCAAGACCGUCGGCAACGGCGGGGCGGCCCCCGUGCUGUCGUACAACUUUGCCGACGGCGGGGCGACCACCGACUCGGCCAUCGUGGCGCCCUACGCGCCCACGGUGCGCAGCUUCGUGGACCAGGUGGCUGUGUUUGAGCAGACGCUGGGCGCGAGGCCGAGGUCCGAGGGCUGGGCGGAUUGGACGGCCGAGGAUGCGCUGUUUGGGGUGUGGAUGGGCGUCAAUGAUGUUGGAAACUCGCACUGGUUGGCCAACGCGACUGACGUGGUGGAUGCGUUGACCCUGAGGUACUUUGAUGGCCUGGAUGCGCUGUAUGAGGCUGGCGGUCGCAACUUUUACCUCUUGACUGUUCCGCCCACCGAGAGGUCGCCCCUCAUGAUGUCGAGCAAUUCGUCGCCGACGCUUGUGCCGAUGCUCGAGUACUACAGGAAAAGCAUAAGCUCGCAGCUGGCAGUCUGGGAAACCUCGCACGACGACGCAGACGUCCGGAUAGUCGACUCGGUGCCAGCGUUCAACAUCCCGCUUGAUGAUCCGACAUCGUAUGGAGCGCCCAACGCUUCUUGCUAUGGUGCCCCUGGGACAGCCGAGGGAGGCAAGUCUUGUUUGUGGUUCAACGACUACCACCCUGCGAUCGAGAUACACAAGAUGGUUGCAAAGGCAGUGGCGGAUGCGUGGAAGGGCAAGUUCUUUUGA